CGGGCGUGUUGUUUAGCCGCUGUAAACAAAUGAAUUUCGGCCAGUCAAACAUGAAAUGUGAUUUUACAAUUUCUUUAAAAUAUAAUUGAAUUUGAUAAUUUUUAAAUAUGUAUAUGGAUAGUUUUAACUUCUCUUACGCACUUUAGAAGUAGAAAAUGAGUCAAAACCAAGCAAAGAAGGAUGAACAUAAAAAGAAAGAUGAAAAGAAAAGUCCAGAAGAAAACAUGUCAGAGAUCGAUGAACACAUUCUCAAGAGGUUUGAUGUAAAGAAAAGACUGGGCAAAGGUGCUUACGGCAUAGUCUGGAAAGCCAUUGAUAAAAAGAGCAAAGAUGUCGUGGCCAUUAAAAAGAUAUUCGACGCAUUCAGGAACCAAACAGAUGCCCAGAGGACCUUUAGAGAGAUUAUAUUUCUACAAUCGUUCCGGAACCACCCAAAUAUUGUCAAGCUUCACAGUAUACACAGGGCUGCUAAUAACCGAGAUAUAUACCUUGGAUUCGAAUACAUGGAAACUGAUUUACAUAAUGUGAUCAAACGGGGAAACAUUCUCAAGGACAUACAUAAACGAUAUAUUAUGUACCAAAUGCUGAAGGCCACGAAGUAUAUACAUUCCGGAAAUGUCAUACAUAGGGACCAGAAACCGAGCAAUGUCCUCAUUGAUAGCGCUUGCAGGGUAAAGCUAGCUGACUUCGGGCUAGCAAGGUCGGUAUCCUCAAUAUACUCUGGUGGAGAAGAAGGCGCUGAUCCUUGCUUGACCGAUUACGUCGCAACAAGGUGGUACAGAGCACCUGAAAUACUCAUAGCUAGUAAGAAUUACACAAAGGGCAUUGAUAUGUGGUCCUUGGGAUGUAUCUUGGGGGAGAUGUUAACUGGAUCCCCCCUCUUCCCGGGAACCUCGACCGUGAAUCAGAUAGAAAGGAUCAUGGCUGCUCUGCCCAGACCCUCGUCAGAAGAUAUUGCAGCGGUUUGUACUGGCUACGGCUCUUCCUUAAUCAAAGAGCAAGCGAUAGGCAAAGGCGCAGGAUCAUCACUGACAUCACUACUGUCAUGUGCCCCUCGAGAUGCAGCAGACUUGGUUCAAAGACUGCUAGUUUUCAACCCUGCUAAGAGAUUGAGCGCAGAACGGGCUUUACAUCACGAAUAUGUAUCUAAAUUCCACCGCGAACGUGACGAGCCAUCUCUCCCGUCAGACGUGCUACUUCCCCUUCGGGAUGACAAGCAGAUGUCCGUCAAUGAUUACAGGAAUAAACUGUACAGCAUCAUGGCCAAGGGUUUUCUAGGGAGCCCUCAGCUACGAAAGAGUCAUUCGAGUAUCAAAACUCACGUUCAUACGCCUGUGAAGUCUAAAAGUUUUCAAGAUACUGAAGUAAGGCACAAGAAGCUAAUUUCAUCAGCGGAGCCCAAGCCUAGAACCAAGUCUAAAACUUUGGAACGACCGAUCAAAGAAUUUCGAUCUUAUCAAACAAUUGCGGAUAAGGAGAAAUUGAUUAAACCAGUGAAAGCGACAAAACCGUUCGAACACGACUGGUUAGGCAACUGCCGAGGGGACUAUCUCGAAGCAAAAGACAAAAAACCAAUGAGUUUUACCACCAAGGAGUUCUUUCCGAAUCGCCAGAGUCCUUCCGAGUCCAAAAGGAACGUACAGCAAAGGCGAAAUUCCACCUCCUUCUCAACGAUAACAAUUGGGGACUCGGAGCUCAGUUUCGGUAAGAGUUCAAAACAUGGAGUCAUUACUGCGAGCGCGUUGAUGGAUCUUCGAACGAGCAUACGAUGAGAGCCACCAAACAGUGCUUUGAUGUUAUUAUCUAUACUUUCUUUUAGUUAACAAUUCAGUUGAUAAUUUUAUUGAAAUUGGUUUGAGAUGAUUAACUGCCUUUUUAAGAAGCUCAAUUUUUAACGUUUUUUUUUAAAUUAGUGUAUGUCGCUUUAUCAAUUAUGUUUUAAAACUGUGCUUAUACAAGAAUUCCUCUUUUUUAUUUAAUAUAGAAAUCUUUAUUCGCAGUGGCGGAUUAAAGAAUUUUCAAUGUAAAGCAUUUGAAGUUUAUUCCGCCCUCGCCUCUACAAUUAUCAUGUCCUAGAUUAUUUAUUUAUACAAUCCAAAAAUGUCGUUGAAAUUGCACGUAAAAUACUUUUUGGUUUUAAACCACCCACUUCGCAGCCAUCAGCGACAUCAGCUACCAGUAGUAGGACUGACAUGUAAAAGUUGAUAGGAGGAAAAGGGAAAAGGUGCAUUUUUGUGCAAUUUCACUUAUCCAAAUUGAGAGCUGAGGGCAAGGACAAGUAGGCUGGAACAUUAGCUGUUUUACUCUAGCAUAUCGAAGUUUGCUACACCAAAUGUACAAUGACAAGUGACGUAUGACUUCUGUCUGAUCUGUAAAACAUCAGAAAACGUCAAAAUCUGUUUGAUUUCAAAGAGGUAGCAAAAAAAAUCGAACUCCAAAUUUUUCCGCCAGCCUAUCCAAUUUUUUCAUCAUCCUAAUGGUAAAUUCGUGGUGACAGUUGACAUAUUAACGUUUCUGAACCGCCUUAAUAAACAAAAGAAUGGGUGUAUAACUUUUGAUUUUUUUGUAUAGUGACUCCAAUUUCGUUAUAAAUAGGAAUGCGUUAGGUGGGGAAAGUUCUUAAUUUAACUCAAUUUAGUUGUUGUUCAGAAAUCCGUUUCGAUUAUAUGUUUUGAUAUUAAAUACGGAUAUUUUUACAUCGUUCUAUUCAGAAGAUCGGAAUAAGUUUUAAACGGCUUACGACCAUUUGAUUGAUAAAAAUAAUCUUGUUAACGUUAGAUGUAUGGAAUUAGUUAAUAAUAGGACUAUCGUGUGAUAGGGACUAUACUCGUAGUUUGCCGAAAUGCAUUCACUUGGACCAAUAUUAUUGUAACACUGCCAUACCGCAAUAAUAUACCACUUAAAUGAUUCAUAGACAACGAUUGUCUAUAUUUAGUCUUCUCUCUAUGAUUGAAAUAAUCUAUGUCUAAUAUUUUGCCAUGUCAUUUCAAUGUAUUAUUUGUAUAUACUUGCGCCAUGCAACCAAGUUGUGGAUAGGAACGUUAUUUAAACAUUCCAUAUUACAAUUGACAGAAUCCUAUCUGUCAAACUUUAUGUAGAUAAUAGUUUACUAGUUAAAAUUUGACUUUAGUUUGAAUUUGAAAUGAGGAAUCCAGCAGUAAUGUUUAAAAAAUCAUGCAUAUAAGACAAAUUCUUGUUUAAUUUCUAUAGAAUCUUAAGAUGUUUAGAUUUGCCGUUUGA